AUGAGACGGCCUCGACCUAAAUCUGUGCCCGCGAGCAGCAGCAGCAGCAGCAGCAGCAACACAUGCAACGGCAGCAGCGGCCAAGGCAGCAGCAGCAGCGGGAACAGCAGCAGAGGGCGCCUAAAAGCAAAACAGUCUCCUGCUGCAGCUGCGAAUCUGGGGUCUGCUGCAGCCAGCAGCAGCAGCAGCAGCAGCAGCAGCAGCAACUGCUGCUCGGAUAGCCGCAGCAGCGUGAACGGUUGUGCUGCUGCUGACGCAGCAAACGCUUCUGCUGCUCUGGCUGCUUCCCACACCAGCCCUUCCCCGCUGGAGAGCAGCAGCAGCAGCAGCAGCAGCAGCAGCAGCAGCAGCAGCGGCUGCAACUCGAGCAACGGAACAAAUGGCUGCCAGGACCAAGGUUUUAAGUUGCUGCGGUGCCACUCACACCUGAAGUUUGACCUGGGGGGCUUCUACACGGGCGGCUGCUUGCUGCUGCUGCCGCAGCAGCUGGAUUCUGCGCACCCUAGUUUUAGCAGCAGCAGCAGCAGCAACAGCAGCAACAACCACAGCAGCAGCAGCAAGUGCUGCAGCAGCCGCAGCAGCAGCAGCAGUGACCCUGCUGCUGCUCAGGGCUUCCCUCGCUGGGUCUCUGAUGAGCUGCUGCAGCUUGCUGCAGCACCCCAAGCAGGAGCUGCGGAUGCUGCUGCUGUUGCAGCUGCUGCUGCUAUUGCUGCUGCUGCUCCAGGGGCCCCUCUGCUGCAGGCAGAUGAGCAGCAGCAGCUGCAGCAAGGCCUGCUGCUUAGGAAUGGCGUGGGAUAUUACUGCUCAAAGCGCUGCAGCCGCCGCAUUGGCAGCAGCAGAAGCAGCAGCAGCAGCAGCAGCAACAGCGACAGCAGCAGCAGCACAGAUGCUGCUUGGAGCGACAGCACCGAUGUCAGAGGCCGGAGCAGCUGCGGGAGCAGCUGCAGCAGAAGCAGCAGCAGCUUCAGCAGCAGCAGCAGCAGCUGCGAAGGAGAUGGAGACGAUGGCUUGAGUGUCUCUGCGCGCCGUUUUAGCAGCAGCAACAGCAGCAGCUGCAGCAGCAGCAGCUGCUGCUGCGGGGAUUGCGUUGCUGCAGGUGUGGCAGCUGUAGUUGAGACAGCAGCAGCAGCAGCUUCUGCAGCGGGGCCCGAUGCCUGCCUCAGCAGCAGGAAUGAGGAGCAGCAGAAGCAGCAGCAGCAGCAGCUGCUGCUGCAUGCGUUUGGCGGCGAAUGGUCUGCAGGGUUGCGCUGCGGCUUGGGAAUGGACGUGCAGCAGCAGCAGCAGCAGCAGCAGCAGCAGCAGCAACAAGAGCAGCAGCAGCAUGAGCAGCAGCAGCAGCUGCAGCAUGCAGCAAAGCGGUUGCUGCUCCGUGGCGGCUCGUGGAGGGAAGACUGCCAGGAUGGCUGGGGCGUGCAGCUGGGUUUGCUGCUGCACCCAAGCAGCAGCAGCAGCAGCAGCAGCAGCAGCAGCAGCAGCGGCAGCAGCAGCUGCUGCUGCUGCUGCUCGGAAUCUUCUGCAUCCUUCGUUCUGGGGCGGUUUUCAAAGGGACAAAUAUUUCCGGGUCCCCUGGUGAUUGCUUGUGGGUCCUGCGUCUUCUUCGGGUCAGCUGUCGGCAGCAGCAGCAGCUGCAGCAGCAGCAGUGACAGCAGCAGCAGCAGCAGCAGCAGUAGCAGCGAGAGCGGCAGCGGGAGCAGCGCUCAUGUGCUGGAGUCUCUUGAAGGCAUUUGCAUUAGUAUCUGUCGCGGCACAAGCAGCAGCAGCAGCAGCAGCAGCAGCAGCAGCACAAGUAUCAACAGCAGCAGCAACAGCUGCGGUAAGACGCGUUCAACAAUUGCAUUUAGGCGGCUUUCUGGUGUGCGCAUCUCCUGCAGCAGCAGCAGAAACAGCAGCAGCAGAAACAGCAGCAGCAGCAGCAGCGACAACAGCAACAGCAUCACAAACGGCAGCAGCAGCAACUGCAGCAACACAGGCGAGGGCCGUAUUUGCAGCCUUGAAGAAUUUGUCCCAUUGCCGUCCUGGGCAGCAGUUACCAGCAGCAGCAGCAGCAGCAGCAGCAGCAGCAGCAGCAGCAGCAGCAGCAGCAGCAAGCAUGAUAGGACUUGCGACCCAUGUGAGUCCAUGCCGCCACUUGUGCAGCUGCUGAAGCUCUUAAAACAGUUCCUGUUCACUGCAGCAGGGUGGCAGCAGCAGCUGCAGCAGCAGCAGCAGCAGCAGCCACUGCAGCAACAUUUGCUGCAGCAGUGCUGCCCAGACUCGGAGUUGAGGUGUACAGGCAGCUCUGUGGGGUUCCGCAGCGACCCCAUGCAUGCUGCUGCUUUAUUUAGCAGCAUAUUUGCUGGAAGGCGGCGGCAGCAGCAGCAGCAGCAGCAGCAGGAGCAGCAGAUGCUGCAGCAGCACGAGGAGUUGGCUCGGCAGCAGCAGGAGCAGCUGCUGCGCAUACAGCAGGAGCAGCGGCAGCAGCAGCAGCAGUACCGACAAGAAGAAGAAGAAGCACAUCGGCUGCUGCAGCAGCACGGCAGCGGCACUGCUGGGGAGGGACUAACUGCUGCUGCUCUUGCUGCUGCUGCAGCGGCUGCUGCUGCAGCUGCUCCUGUUGCAGUGAGCACGACAACACUUGCUGCUGCAGCGACUGCUGCUGCAGAUGCUGCUGCGCGCGCAAACGCCAGAGCAGCAGCAGCAGGAGCUGCAUACGAGGCAACGCAUGCAGCAAGAGCAGCAGCAGCAGCAAGAGCAGCGCAUGCAGUCCAGCCCGCUGCGACGCGGAACAGAGCAGCAUCAGCAGCAGCAGCAGCAGCAGGUGACGCAAGUAGGGAGCAACUAGGUGGCUCAGAGGGAGCAGCAGCAGAUGCAGCAGCAUCACCAAACGGAGCAGCAGCAGCGGCAGGAGCCGCAGCAGCAGCGCCGGAGAGUCUGUCAGCAGUUAGAGACGCAGCAAGCCUCGCAGCCGCAGCAGCUGCAGCACAAGCUGCUGCUGCUGCACAAGCGCAACCAGAGGUUGCUGUUUGUCCUGCUGCUGCUGCUGCUGCUGCAGCAGGGAGGCCAGCCUCAGCUGCUGCCUCUAGGAGGUGCAGCACUUCAGCGACAGUAGAAGAUGUCACAGAGUUCGAAGCAGCAGCAACGUGGCAGCUGCAACAGCAGCAGCAGCAGCAAGCGCCCGAUGUUGGUUGCGGGGGAUUGCAGCAGCAGCAGCAGCAGCCAGAACAGUUGCACGCGCUGCUGCUGCAGCAACAGCAGCAGCUUCAGGAGCUGCUGCAGUGUCAGCCUUCCUUUGGGAACAAUCCACGCAAGCAGCAGCUGCUGCUGCAGCGUUUCGCGCAGCAGCAACGCGAGCUGCUGGCGCGGCUGGAAGAGGAGCAGCUGCAGCUGCAGCAGCAAGCAGAAGCUGAAGAGCGAAUGCGCCAGGAGCAAGAGCAGCAGCAGCAACUGCAGCAGCAGCAGCAGCAGCUGCAGCUCGAAUACGAAGACAGACAGCAGCAAGCCCUUGAGUCGAACCUACGUUCAUUUUUCUUUUCUUUUGAAGAAGAAAUGUCUGAUGAUGACGGCAGCAGCAGCAGCAGCAGCAGCAGUAGCAGCGGCAGCAGCAGCAGCAGCAGCAGUAGCAGCAGCAGCAGCAGCAGCGGCAAGCCCUGCAACAUCACUGCAGCUCAAGCAGCAGAUGCUGCUGGAAACAGCCACGGAGCGCAUCAGUUGCCGCAGCAGCAGUUUCUGAAGGAGCAGCAGCAACUUCAGCAGCAGCAGCAACAGCAGCAGCAGCAGCAACAGCAGCGGCAGCAGCAGAACUGGCUCGAGAGUUCUUCUUUUGCUGCUCCCAAUGCUCUUCUUAUCUCGGAGAGUAACACGCCUCCUGCGGCUGCAGCAGCAGCAAAUCUAGCAGCAGCAGCAGCAGCAGCAGGUGCGAGCGGCAGCAGCAGCAGCUGCAGCCGUAGCAGCAACGCCAUAAUCCUGCCGCUGCCAGGGUGGGAUGAGACGCUUUCAGGCCUGGAACCAGCAGACCCUGCAGCAGCAACAACAGCAGCAGCAGCAGAAGCAGCAGCAGCAGGAUAUGCUGCUGCUGCUGUGCUGCAGCAAGUAGAGCCGCAACCCGUGCCGCUGCAAGCUGCUGCUGCUGCUGCGUCAGCCGCGCCAGCAGCAGCAGCACCUUUGUCUGCUGCUGCUACUUCGAGGUCCCCCAGUGAGACGCGCAGCAUCAGCAGCAACGCGACAGGCAUCAGCAGCAGCAGCAACAAAGCAGGCAGCACAACCAGCUGCAGCAGCAGCUCCAGCAGUUUCCCAACUAGAAAGGCCAAAGGGAGCACUGGGAGGGGGCUGCUGCAGCUGUUGCCGCUGUGGAACAGCAGCAGCAGCAGCAGCAGCAGCAGCAGCAGCCGCUUGCCGCCUUCCAACGUAGACGUCGAUGUGGAGCUUCCUUCUGCAGCAGAUGAGCUGCCGCAGCAGCAGCAGCAGCAGCAGCACGAGGGGUUCAUAGGGGCAGCUGCGGGGCUGCUGCAGCAGGCGCAGCAGCAGCUGCGUGGUGCUGCAGCGCAAGGUCGCUCUGGGUUUGCUGCUGCUGCUUUCCAGCAGAAAGAUGCAGCAGCAGCAGCAGCAGAAAACGUGGUAGAUGAAAGCUUUGUCAUAUCCUGGGGGACAGCAAGUCCGCCUGAGGCUGCAGCAGGCCUGCAGCAGCAGCAGCAGCAGCAGCAGCAGCAGCAGCAGCAGCAGCGAGAGCAGCCGCAGCAGCAAGUAACUCCGAGCGGAUUGGAACAGCAGGUUCAGCAGAUCCAGCAGCACAUGGCACAUAUGCAGCGGCUAGCUGCAGGAAGCCAAGCUCAGGAGCAGCAGCAGCAGCAGCAGCAGCAGCAGCAGCAAGUGCAGCCAGAGCGUCCUUUGCUGCAGCUGCCACAGCAAGUGCAGCAAAGACUGCAGCAAGAUCCUCUAAAGCCAUCAGGAGUUAGCGGGCCGUGCAGCAGGAGCAGCAGCAGCAGCAGCAGCAAUGCCGGCGUUCGUGGGCCCUUCCAUUUCCUCGUUGAUAGACACGCAGCUAGCCAGCAGCAGCAGCAGCAGCAGCAAGUGCUGCUGCAGAAGCAGGAGCAACGGCAGGCGCUGCAGCAAAACGAACCGCAGCAGCCAAAACAGCCGCAAGAAUCGCAGCUGCAAGUGCAGCAGCAACAGCAGCAGACGACACAACAGCCACAGGAGCAGCCUUGCGAGGCAGGGCUCAAUCUGCUGCAGCAGCAGCAGCAGCAGAUAGUUGCUGCAGCAACAUUAGGCGCAGCAUCCGGAGUGCAGCUGCAGCGUCAUGAGGAACAGCAGCAGCAGCAGCAGCAGCAGCAACGGGAGACGGAGCAGCAGACACCUCAGGUGCCACAGCUGCAGCAGCAAAUAUGCGACACUGUAAGUAUGGCGGUGCAGGCGCAGCAUGAGCAGCUUCUCCCACAGCAGCAAACGCAGUCUCGGGAGCAGCAGCAGCAGCAGCAGCAGCAAGAGCAGCCGCAGCAGGAGCAGCAGCUGCAAGAGCACCAGCAGCAAGAGCAGCAGCAGGAGCAGAAGUGGCAGCGAGAGCAGCAGCAGCGAGAGCAGCAGCAGCAAGGGAAGCAGCAGCAAGAGCAACAACAGCAAGAGCAGCAGCGGCAAGGGAAACAGCAGCAAGAGCAGCAGCAGCAAGAGCAGCAGCAAGGGAAGCAACCUCUAUUGCAGAGUCUGCUGCUGGGCAGCGUUCCUGCUGCACCUCCUUCUUGGAGUUCAUUCCUCGACGCAGCUAUUAAGGGGGUAUCCGUUGCAUCUUCGGCAGCAGCAACCCGUCCGACUGGCACCGCACGAGGGGCCAAAGAGCAGCAGCAGCUGUUUUUGCUGCAGCAGCAGAAGCAGGCGUGUGGCCAGCAACAAGGCCGAGGGUAUUUAGACGGGGGUCUCCGCCGCCUCUGGUUCAAGAGCCGGUUGCUGCUGCUGCUGCUGCUGCUGCUGCUGCUGCUGCUGCUGCUCCACCUGCAGCAGCUGCUUGUUCUUGGGAGGAGUGGGAGUUGCAGCAGCAGACAAAGGGAGCUCCUGCUGGAGGUGCAACAGCAGCAGCAAACGCUCCUGCAGCAGAUGUGCAGGGCAGCGAGCAGCAGCUUCGGAAGCAGCAGCCAAGCAAGGGGGCGCAGCAGCAGCAGCAGCAGCAGCAGCAGCAGCGGCAGCAGCAGGCUCAGGCAAUGCCUCAGUUGUUGCUUCACUCUAGAAGCAGCAAACAGCACUGCCGUUCGUUGUACGAGGAGCAGCAGCGGUUGCUUGCGGAGCAGCAAGCGCUGCAGCAGCAGCUGCAAGAGCAGCAGCAGCAGCAGCAGCAGCACAGUGACCAGCAGUCGCAGCAGCAGCCAAGCAGCAGCAUGGGACACGAGCUGA